AGGAGAGAGUAAGCGAAAGGUUUAUGUUCGGAAGCGCUGGUCCUCACGGGGAGUGGCUGAACCCUCUUCCAAUUUCAUCCAAGACUUUCUUCUUCUUCGUCUUCUCCUCUCUUGCGAUCGAAACCAAAACCCUAUCACAAUCCAAAUCGGAGCUUCUCUAAUUUUCUGGAACCUUAUACGCGCCAUUUCUCCCAAAUCCCCGCUCUCCUCAUGGAUUCCUUCCAGCAAUCCCACGGCUACAUCAGGCCUCCCCACCCGCCUGAUCCCCACCACCACUUCCACCAGAUGCCUCCGCCUCGAACCCUUACCCUUACCAUCCCAGCCAGUUCCAUGCUCCUCCGCCUCCACCUCCUCCCCUUCCCCACGCUCGUUCUCACGCUCCUCCUCCUCCUCCUCCUCAGUUCACCCCUCACUCCCACGUUUCUCAGCAGCCCUAUCAUCAGGAAUGGAGCAACCCAAGCUGGCCUGCCAACCAAGGUUAUCCUGCCCAAAAUAAUGAAGAAGAUUGGGCUGCUAAGGCCAGAGCAUGGGCUGCUAAGUCUACUAUGGAAAGUCAGCAUCCACAGCCACACUUUUCACCUGCUGGAAGAGUGCAAGAGCAAAACCAUUAUCAUGACCAGUAUCAGCAAUCUGCUGACUCACGUUAUACUGACGUUCAAAACCAGUCCCAUCCAUCAUCAACCUAUCAGCAAUUUUCCUACUUGGAUGCAUCUGCACAACGGCUCUCAGGACAUUCCCAGGAUGCUGCAUCUAUCAGUUUGGAGACCUCAUAUACUUCAGAUGGACAUUCAUAUGGUGCUAGAGAUGGAACCAACACUGGAGAUCCAACAGUUCCAUUUGAACAGGGAAACUUGCCUACAAAUCCAUCAGUUCAUCAGCAGGAGGUACCUUCUAGUUAUAGUUCUGUUACAGGUAAGGAGGCUGCUGAGCAUAUUCAACAAUCAUACACAAUGUUCCCACCACCGGUUUCCUCAUCACAAGAACAACAGCAUGUGCAACCUCCUCUCCAAGCAACCUUUGCACCUGGCAGCAAUUCAGUGGACCCUGCUAUCAGUCUUGCUGAUCAACCGUUAGACUUUGCACCUAGGUUUAGUCAUGAUAGUGACCUGCAAAUGCAGUCGACUUAUAGUCAUCAUGAUUCGGGUACUUCUAUGAACAAUUGGGCUGCUCCAGUGGCCCCUGCCGGUGGUUAUGCACCAAUACCUGCAAUUCUUGCCUCUGGGCCACAGCAUGAUCCUUCUAUUUCUGGUCCUGGUCAUGUGGCACCACCAUUUGGAAGGUUUCCAGGACCUGGACUACCUCCAGCAAUUCCCCCAACUAGUGCACCCUUUGCUCUUAGCACAGGAGCUGCAGUUCACCCUACUGCAGCUUUCUCUGCUGAUCCAUAUGGUGUUCCAGAACGUCCGAAGAAGGCUUCAGUCCCUAACUGGCUUAGAGAGGAAAUAAAGAAAACAGUCAUUGCUGCUCCUUCUGCAGAGCACCCAAAAGCGGAAACAUCUAUGGAUGAUGGCAUUGGUAAAACGUAUGCAAAGGGUGAUGAGACAGAUAGCAAGAGCAUUGAUUCCUCUAGAUCAGAUGAGGAAGAGGAUGAAGAGGAUCUUGCUGAAGCAGCUAGAACUGCAGCAAUCAACCUAGAAAUAAAGAGAGUUCUUACGGAAGUUCUUUUAAAGGUUACUGAUGAAUUAUUUGAUGAAAUUGCAACAAAAGUUCUUGAUGAAGAUGGUCUGACUGCUGAAGUGGGUCAUAAUGGUGCCACUUCAAACCAUAAGCCAUCAGCAUCUCCACCAUCAUCAGUUCAAGUUCCUAAGGCAUCUGCAAAGGUUCUAGUUCCAGUCAAAGCAAAGGAGUUUGAGAAUGAUGUUGCCAUUGAAAAAUCUAAUUCCAGCUCUCCUGGAGAUGUUUUAGGUCUUGGAAAUUAUGGUUCUGAUGCUGAUGAUGGAGAUGAUGAAAUUGAGAGUUCCAGUGUGCCAACUCCUUCAAAAGAUGCUACUAAUCGGUCAAGGCUCAAGAAAAGUUUGGAAGAUACAAAUAGUUUCCCUGUUAAUAGCAGCUCUCAACUUGAAGAGCAUGGAAGAAGUCAAACAAAAUUAGAGGAUAAGCCGGUCAAAACCGGCUCAUUACAACCCAGAACUAGCAACGGGGCUGCUACUGAUCAGUUUCAGGGUAAUAAGGUGACCAGAGAAUUGGAUAAUUCAAAUUCUAAAGAUAAUAGGGGGACUGAAGCCUUGGAAAGAAGCCACAAUGGAUUUAAUGGUUUUAGUUCUAAAGAUUCUUCAGGGUUACCAAAAUCUGAAUUGCCUGGAAAGAAUGCUGCCGUGGAGAAAGCAAUAGAUGAUAAUCCAGUUAGGGAAGGCAAAAGAAGAUCAGAGAAAAAUGAUCGACAUGAUAGGAGUUCUGAAAAGGAGUCUGUUAAGGAGGUACAUGUUAACAAGACUGGGACAGAUGAAAAAAGUGAUGAGAUCCAUAGAAGAAAGGAUGAGAAACGUGGGAGAAAGGAAAAAAGAGAUUACAACAGUGAGGCAAAAGAAAGAAAGGAGCUCAAUUUACGGCAUGGAGAGAAGGCAAAGGAAUCAGAGAGGAAAAAGUCCUCUCAUGAUGUCAAGGAUGAUAAGAAGGAAGCAGACAAGCCCCAUAGAAGUAGUGGCUUUGAAGAUACUAGCCGGAGAAGGGAACAUACAAAAGAUAAGGGGGAACAUAAAUCUAGGCAAAAAGAUGCAAGCAACCCUGAUAAGCACAAAAGACGACGUUCAUCUUCAGUAGGCAGUAGAGGCAGAACCAGCAGGGACCAUGCUGUUAACCAUUCUGGUGUUUCAAGCGGUGAAGGUUCAGAUGGCUCAAAAAGGAAGCCACAUUCAAGAAGACGGGACUUAUCACCAUCUCCAGUCAGGUCUAAGAGAAGACAAGUUUCGCGGUCUCCUUAUAGCAAGCGUUCUCAGCGCAGGCAUUCUCCCUACUCUUCUCUUGAUAAUUCCAGAGGAAGGAGGUCAAGAUCCAGAUCACCUGUUCGGCGGCAAAGAUGAAUGCCAGGGUGAAAAGAUGAUUGGCAUUACAUCUACAGGUUCCAAGCAAGAGAAACAUAAAUUUGAAGUGUUCAGAGCGAAGUUUGUGAUGUUUGCUAUUUGCAAGGACUCUUGAUGAGGAUAUUUGGGAGAGGACACGUGUUGUCCCAUUUUUGUAGGUUUGAACCCUGGUUUGUCACUGUUCUUUGAGAAGAGUAGUUAAACUGGGCUACAUAUGGAUAUGUGUUGUAAUGUUUCUUCAUGUAAAAAGGAAAAACAGGAAAUCAUAGCUGUGUCCUCAAUUAGAUUUCUGGUAUGUAUUUACUAUUUAGCCCCCCUCCUCUCUCAAUGUCUUAAUUCUUACCUAAAUAUCCGAUAGAUUAGAAUGUGUUCCGAUGCUGCUCGAUGUGGUGGCUGAAGCCUGAAUCUUUCAGAUAAUUUAUUCAUUAAUUUGAUUUGCUCUUGAUGUUAGUUUUCUUA